GUUGCGUUUCAGCCUCGGCGUCUUGGUUCUCCUUCGACACACACAGCAAAAGCAACAACAAGCUUCCCAGACGGCGGCACCUCAGACAAAAACUACUGAAUAAAGUGGGGUGUCUGUGGUCAGUGUGUAGAAGGUGAGGGGAUCCCGGGCCGCACUGCUAACAUUUUUCACAGGAGGUCCCAACAACGCCCGGUGCCACUGCGCGCUCUGCUGACGCAAACACGUCGCUGUGGCUCAAUGCGAUGGCGGACCGCAAUGUCCCCAGACCUGCCCAGGGAGGGACGGAGCAAAGUCACUGAGCCACUCUCACCGGCUCUGUUAAACUGCCGUCCGACCACCUGUUAAAGAGGGGCUGCUGUCGUUGCCGUCCCUCCCGUGAAAUAGUAUGUGGGACGGGAUCCGCUCGGAGUGCACUGACCGGGACGAGCCAGAAGUGGAGUGAAGAUUGGAGCGGAGUGCGCCGGGGCUGACGCGCCGCAUGUUGAGCCAGCAAGUUGACUGGUAUAACAAAAGUAGCGUCGACGGGGAAGGGGACAGCCGCUCUCGGAUUUAACGGAGGUUUGAGGGGGACAGUUGUUCCGGCAAAAUGAAAUUCGCGGAGCAUCUUUCGUCCCACAUCACUCCUGAGUGGAGGAAACAGUAUCUUCAGUAUGAGGCGUUCAAGGAAAUGCUGUAUGCUGCCCAGGACCAAGCUCCGUCCAUAGAAGUCACAGAUGAAGACACGGUGAAGAGAUACUACGCCAAGUUUGAGGAGAGGUUCUUCCAGAUCUGUGAGAAGGAGCUCCUGAAAAUCAACACAUUCUAUUCAGAAAAGCUUGCUGAAGCCCAGAGACGUUUUGCCACGCUGCAGAAUGAGCUGCAGUCUUCACUGGACGCUCAGCGUGAGAGCAACGCACCGCCGGGCCUGCGCAAACGCAAGACCAUGUUCCACCUGUCGCAGGAGGAGCGCUGCAAACACCACAACAUCAAGGAUCUGAAGCUAGCCUUCAGCGAGUUCUACCUCAGCCUCAUCCUUCUCCAGAACUACCAGAACCUGAACUUCACUGGUUUCCGUAAGAUCCUGAAGAAACAUGACAAAAUCCUGGAUACUUCUCGUGGGGCCGACUGGCGCGUGGCUCACGUGGAGGUGGCGCCUUUCUACACCUGCAAGAAGAUCACACAGCUGAUCACAGAGACAGAGACGCUCGUCACCACAGAGCUGGAGGGAGGAGAUCGUCAGAAGGCCAUGAAGAGGCUGAGAGUUCCUCCGUUGGGGGCAGCUCAGCCUGCUUUAGCCUGGACAACCUUUCGUGUGGGUCUCUAUUGCGGCUUCUUUAUCAUUCUUGCCGUCGCCUUUGUUCUCACCGGUGCUGUGUUCAUCCGCCACGAGAACGUGUGGCCUCUGGUUCGGAUCUAUCGGGGUGGUUUCCUGUUGAUCCAGUUCCUCUUCCUGUUGGGUAUUAACACUUACGGAUGGAGACAGGCUGGAGUCAACCAUGUUCUCAUCUUCGAGAUCAAUCCCCGCAACAACCUCUCACACCAACACCUGUUUGAGAUUGCUGGUUUCCUGGGUGUGUUGUGGUGUCUCAGCAUCCUAUCCUGUCUCUACUCAGAGUACACCUACCUCCCCAUGCAGAUCAACCCUCUCAUCCUUUACGGCUUCAUGGUGCUUUUCCUCAUCAACCCCUUCAAGACCUGCUACUACAAAUCACGUUUCUGGCUCCUCAAGCUGCUGUUCCGUGUGUUCACAGCGCCAUUUCACCGUGUGGAGUUUGCAGACUUCUGGCUGGCUGACCAGCUCAACUCUCUGGUGUUUGUUCUGAUGGACCUGGAGUAUCUCAUCUGCUUCUACAUCUUCGAGCUGCAGUGGAGCAACAGCAUGGGCCUGCUGCCCAAGGUUCAAAAGCCUGAUGACUACGUGUGCCACAGCUACUCCUACGGUCUGCGUGCCAUCAUCCAGUGCCUGCCCGCCUGGCUCCGCUUCAUCCAAUGCCUGAGGCGUUACCGUGACACCAAGAGGGCCUUCCCUCACCUGGUGAAUGCUGGGAAAUAUUCUACCACUUUCUUUGUCGUCACCUUCGCCGCGCUUUACGCCACACACAGAGAACAAGGACAUACAGACGCCGACAUGUUCUUCUACCUGCUGAUCGUGUUCUCCACCAUCAGCUCUCUUUACACUCUGAUCUGGGACCUGCGCAUGGACUGGGGGCUGUUUGACCGCGGAGCCGGAGAAAACACCUUCCUCAGAGAAGAAAUAGUUUACCCCCACAAGGCCUACUACUACUGUGCCAUCAUAGAAGAUGUGAUCCUGCGUUUUGCCUGGACGAUCCAGAUCUCUCUGACCACAAUGACCAAGAUCCACUCUGUGGGCGACAUCAUAGCCACCGUGCUGGCUCCUCUCGAGGUUUUCAGGCGUUUUGUGUGGAACUUCUUCCGUCUUGAGAACGAGCACCUGAAUAACUGUGGCGAGUUUCGUGCGGUGAGGGAUAUCUCCGUGGCCCCGCUCAACGCUGACGACCAGACGCUGCUGGAGCAGAUGAUGGACCAGGAGGACGGUGUCCGGAACCGCUCGGGCAAAAAGACCUGGAAGAGGUCCUACAGCCUGUCGCUCCGACGCCCCCUGCUGUCCUCCUCACAAUCGAAAAAGGACACAAAGGUGCUAAUUGAAGACACGGAUGAUGAGGCCUUCAGCUGAGUACACAACAUCAGCACAGACACACACACACAGACACACACACACAGACACAGACAUACUAUACUUAUAUGGACCUCAUUCACUAACACCCAACCUCAAACCUUCUCCCUUAUAGUUCUUUCUGUGUGUAGAAACCUAAACCCUCAGUCUAAACUUUUAAAUCAGCGAGGACUCUCAGUCUGCCCUCACUUUGGAGAAUUUACCUCAUCUUUACUUCCUUGUGAGUAUAUCUGGUCUUUAUAAGUAUAGACAUACACACACAUACUGUAAUGUAGAAACACACAUACAGAUAAACCUGCUGAAGCACAAACAUAGUGUAAUGUUGCUACAGUUGAAGAGAGAGCUAAUGCCACAGAGACAGACAGAUGGACAGACGUCAUGGGAAACAUUCUGCACACAACUUGUCACACUGACCACACUGCCCUGGGAUUAUCCUCUUCUUUUAUAAACAGACUUUUUUAGUAUGUGUCGCUUACUUUGAAAUCGUUCUGUUUCUGUAGAUUUUCCUUUUUUUUUUUUUUCCUGGAUUUAUUUAGGAGAAGCUGCAUAGAUACAGGCUACAGACGACUGUUUACACGCCUUUUUAAUUACACUAGGAUCAACAGGGAGACAAAGCCAAUCAAAAGACUAAAUAUUAAUCAACAGAAACCUGAGAAAGGACUCUACACAUGUCACAGCAUAUCAAAACAAAUCAACUGGUUUCAACUUGUUGAUUCUUUUUAUACUCCAUCUUUUUUUUCCUUCUUUGUUUUUUUUUUUUUGAGUUGUAAUAACGUCAGUGUACAACCACAGCCCCGGAGGCACUUGCAGGAAAAGUGCAUUUAAUACACAAAACAUGGAAAAAAAACCCCCCAAAAAACAAAACCCUCCUUGUACACGAAAAGGGAUGUUUUGAUUCAAACAUUUCUAGUCGGUGAUGUUGCUUUGUAAUAUAUUUAAUAUAUUUUGAUGUGCAUUAUUACUCUACUGUAGCUGUUCAGUACUUCUACAUGUGUUGUUUAUACCAGUGAGACUAGUUUGAGCAUCCGCACGAUGAUUGUUAACGUAUUUUAUAAUGUUUGUGCCACGUUUUUAAUAAGCUCAUUCUUAGGACUCGAUCUAUUCCCAACCUCAAAUUAGUGCAAAAAUGACCUGUGAAUUAUCACAAUUGUUGUGUCCUGUCAUCUUAAAGUGGCCUGUUAGCUACAGUCUGUUGUAUGUGCAUUGCUAUUCUUUGCAUUAACUACCAAAGCUUUGUUUUUAUGAAUGUGUCUGUGGCUAGAGUAGCUUUGUCCAUUCAACCUGCCUGAGAGAGUCAAAGGUAACAGAGCCAAAAGCAUAUUUAAACACUGGAGUGUUUUUCUUUUAUUUUAGAAAAGUAUGCAUUUUAUUGGGCAGUUUUAGCAGGUAGGUUCUGCCCUGUUGGAAAUCCCAGUAAUAUGAGUAGAAUUACUAGUAUUACUGUCAGUGUUUGUGUAUAAUAGAAUGAUAAAGAGUCAAAGCCCUGAGUGUAGAUGCCAGUGGUUCUCAAAUCUGGAGCUGUAACACAGAGUAAAAUGUUGAUUGCUUUUGAGAUUGAAUUCCGAAGACAGAAUAACCAAACCAGAGCUCUGACGCUGAAAGAAUCGAGAUUCAGGUCAGAAAAAAAUUUAUUCAGACAGAAAAUGUUUGAGAACCACUGUUGCUGUACAGGUGCAUUAUGACACACUUCACAUGAUCAGCAGAUGGGGACACUGCUAGAUGUUCUGGGCCCUCUGACAAAAGCUCAGUGUUGCCAGAUUAGACGGUUUACCACCCAGCUGGUCUACGUUUUAAGUAACUGUGCAGGUAAUUGUUUUGAGCAGUUUGUGGUUUCUCUGCCUUCAGCAUCACUGUCACCAGACACGUUUGCUUGACUCUAAUGUUCAUCGUUGCCUUGUUAAUUUUAGCACUUUUUUUUUUAAAACAGUUUCAAGUGUGAAUUAGUUAGAUCUAAUGUAAUGUGCUCAUUUUAGAUAAGGAAAUGUUUAGUAACAACCAGGGAAAUGUGCUGUACAUCUGACGUCCACUCUUUGCUCCCUCGUCUUAUUCUCAAACCAGCAGCUCACACUUGAAGAGCCGUUGGUUAUAAUUUUGAAGUGUGUUGCCGCUGCUGUUAAAUGGCGGUCCCCGGCUUUACAAAUGCUGGUGUGUGUGUGUUUCACUUUCUCUUGUCGCUCUGCUCUGCUGUUCCUCCCUGUGGCUACACUGAGUCACCACCAGCCAGUCCUAAGACAAAGCCCAGGCGAGAGCUGCAAGACAAAUGUGUUACGCAAAAGUCCUGUUUCUCCUACUUCUGUUUUUUUUUCCCCUUAUAGCGGCUAAAAGACUGCAAAGUUUCUGUGAGUAAUGAGCUAAUCAGCUAAAUGUGAACUGGAAAUCUAGACGGUAAAAGGCUGUAUCUGUUGAAGUUUUGAAGAUGGGUAGCUUCCCUGUCUAUUUAAAUACACUGGACACAUGCCAUGACUGUAUACAGACUUAAAACAUGACGCACGCACAGCCCACACCGUCCCUCUCUCUCUCUCUCUCUCUAGUGUCGGAGAGCACAACACUACAGCAGAUAGUUUUGUAAAAAGGCUGUGUUGUCUUGCCUGCAUGCUGCUUUUGUUUGACAUUGUACAUAGUUCUUAAUUUAUUUGACAUGAUGUGUAUAUUAGCAAUCAUUGCAGCCACUGUGACAAUGAUUGAUUUCAUAUGUUGCCAUUUUUGCUCCAAGACAAGCAGUAUUUUCUAGGUGAUGAGCAGCGUUCCGUGGAUGAUUCACAACCCUGCACUGUUUUUCAUGUGUAAAUCUGUUGAAAAUGUGUUUUUAUAAAAAAAAAGAGAGAGAAAAAAAAAAUCCAUAGAGAUGGAGAAUGUGAUUGGUCGUAUCUUGUUGGUGAUUCCUUCUUAUUUCAAGGCUCUGUCAUCUCCAAGGUGGGGUGGGGGUUACAUCCAGGGCUUCAUGGGGGAGUUGGGGACGAGGGGACAGAUUUCCUGUGUCCUGACGCUGUAAACCUGUUUGUACAUUUGUGAAUGUGCAUGAAAAUAUUGUGGACUUUACAUCUAUUGUUGUAAACCGCCCUGCAGACAGAAGCACUUUUGACAUACUGUAAUAGGAGGGUGCAGGAACAGACCCCAGUCCAGAGAGGACCCACACCACAACAAGAUGCUGUUAAACUGAUCCCAGAUCUGUCUGAGCUUUUCUUGAACACACAGAUCUAAGAUCUUUAUCUGCUUGCCAGAAGCAUUUUGAGCAAAAACACGUUUUAAUGACCAGAGUCUGUUCACAGAUGUUCGGUAUGUGGAACCCGCAGAGAAAAACAAAAACAGGGUUAUUUUGUACAGUUUAUCUUCAGUGGGAUGAUGAUGAUGAUGAUGCUGGUAAGCCCUGACAUCCCAUUUUCCUCAUGGGUGAAAACCACAGCUGAUUAGUGUUUCCACUGCUUGCUUAAACCCCCCCAUGAUGUUAAUGUGCUUGAUAUGUGUGCAUCCUCCCCCUCUCUCCCCCCUCUCUCGAUGUUGUUCGUACCCUCUCUCUAAUCUAGCUGAACGUGAUAGUACCCGUACUGUGGUAGAUGGAUGUUCCACUUUAAUAAGAUUAAAAAAAAAAAAAGAUAAUA